AUGGAGUCCUUGAUCUUCUUCCUGCUACUAUCAUGGGCCCUGGGACUGACUCAGACCUGGGCGGGUUCCCACUCCCUGAGAUAUUUCCACACUUCCUUGUCCCGGCCCGGCGGCGGGGAGCCCCGUUUCAUCUCCGUUGGAUAUGUGGACGACACGCAGAUCGUGUGGUUCGACAGCGACAAGGCGAAUCCAAGGACGGAACCACGGACAGCGUGGAUGAAGCAGGAGGGGUCGGACUAUUGGGACAGGCAAACACGGAUCUCAAAGGAUAAUGCACAGACUUUCCAAGUAAGCCUGAAGAACUUACGUGCCUUCUACAACCAGAGCGAGGCUGUGUCUCACACCCACCAGAGGAUGCAUGGCUGUGACGUGGACUCCGAAGGCCGCCUCCUUCGCGGUUACAAUCAGUACGCUUUUGAUGGCGUGGAUUACAUUGCCCUGAAUGAGGACCUGCACUCCUGGACAGCGGCAGACACUGCGACUCAGAUGACUCUGCGCAAGUGGGAGGAGGCCAGUGAGGCAGAGCGCUACAAAGCUUACGUGGAGAGCAUUUGCGUGAAGUCACUGCUCAGAUACCUGGAGAUGGGCAAGGAGACACUGCAGAUUGCAGUAUCUCCCAAGACCUACGUGACUCAUCAUCCCAUCUUUGAACAUGAGGUCACUCUGAAGUGCUGGGCCCUGGGCUUCUACCCAGCAGAGAUCACCCUGACCUGGCAACGAGACAGGGAGGACCAGACCCAGGACAUGGAGCUUGUGGAGACCAGGCCUGCAGGGGACGGGACCUUCCAAAAAUGGGCAGCCAUCGUGGUGCAUUCUGGAGAGGAGCAGAGAUACACAUGCUAUGUGCAGCAUGAGGGGCUACUGGAGCCCCUCACCCUAAAAUGGGAAUUUCCUUCCCAGCCCACUACCUCUUUCAUCCAAAUCACUGUUGGUGUGGCUGUCCCUGGAGUUGUCUUUGUGGUUAUUGGAGUGAUCAUGACUAGAGUUGUGAGGAAGAAAAGUUCAGGUACAUGUGGGGAUGGGGUUUGA